AUGUCUGACUCCCCAGCCCCAAAGGCACACAUUGCUCACGAACUCCUCCUUCGCGCCCACUCCCCCGACACAGCAACCCAGCAAUUCACCGAGCGCAUAAAACAAAAGCCUCUCUUCCUCCGCCCAACAUCUCCAUCCUCACAAGAUAACCGCUCAAGACGCCGUCUCCACCGCCUUCGCAAGAAAGAAUACUUCCAUCGCCACCAGCGCCCACGGCCCUUGUCUGCGCGCGCAAAGCGCACUACAGGAAUAUACGACCUACCGCGAGAGGAAUGCAAGUACGCUAUCUUCAAGGGUCUACACGCGCUGUGGGUUGGGUAUAUGCAGGAUAUUCUUGAUUUGAAGGCCGAAAGGAAGGGAAUGAUGACGCCGGCGUCACAUGGCCCGAAGCUUGUUAGUGCGGAUUACCACGGCGCAGAGCUAGAGGUUGUGAGGAGUCGGUGUGCAGGUCGGGUUGGUAUCAAGGGGAUUGUUGCGAGGGAUACAAAAUUCACAUUUGAUAUUGUUACGGAGGAGGAUAAGGUUAGGAUUCCCGAAUCUACGGUGGAAUCUAUAGAGGGCGAGCAGAAGCAGAAACUGGAAAAGACUGAAGCUGAUACCCCGAAACCAUUGGUCUUUGAGCUGCAUGGCAGCCAAUUUGAGACUCGGCCUGUAGAUCGGGCUAAUAAGAAGUUUAAAUGGAGGAAUAUUGAUUACGUUUAA